AUGGGUACUUUCACCGUGAGCUACUGGGUGCGCCGAUCGCUCUGGGACAAGCGCGUGCUGCUAGCGGGACUCGCCGGCGCUUGGUACCUCGGCUCCUGCUACGACCAGGUCUGUCUUCACCGCGCCUCGAUGAUGAAGGGUCACAGCAAAAUGUUUGAAGAGCGGCGCAAGCAAAUCCUCGCGACGAACCCUCACGCCGACGUGUGGACCUAU